AAGUAACAUAUGGAAAAAGCCCGCAGGCCAGCCCGCCAGCCCGCCAGUCUUCGGGCCGGAUUCAAAAGUGUAGCCCGUUUCACCAUUGCGGGCCAGCCCAGCCCGGCCCGUAUAAAUCAGGCCAAAAUCGGGCCGGGUCAAUACGGGCCGGGCUGGCCCGUUUUGACAUCCCUACACCCAACACACUUUUUUUUAUAAAAAAAAUAAAAAAUUGUUAGGGUUUGACCCGAAAUCGCACAAUCGCGUGCGACCCACACACCGAUUCGGACAACAAGAACAGCAACAGUAUCAUCAUCAUCAUCUUAAAUCAUCAUCGACUUCUUCGUUUCACUCCUAUUUCUCUCCCCGGUCCACGUUCGCGAUUAUAUAUAUAGAGAGAGAGAAAAUCGACGCCACUUAGAGAGAGAAAGCAAUGGUGGAUGCACGCUGAGGCGUUUUUACGCGGAGGGAAAACCGAAAGAUUCUCUUAUUAUCUGUGUUGCUUGAAUUUUGGAGGGCUUUGGGGGUUUCUUUUUAGACUACAAAACAGAGAGCGGGAAGGUGGGAUUUCGUAAGAAGUUAUUCCAAAGAGUAGUGUUGGGGAGAAGGGGAAUUCAUUUUCUCCAAAGGAAUUGGAUUUAGGGUUUGUGCACUGGAUUUGCGAUUUGGCUCGUGCAUUGGCUAGGGUUUUGUUCGUGCACCGGGAAGAAGGGUAACUGCAUUUGCGAUUUGGGUCGUGGACUGGCGAGGGUGUGGUUGCUGCACUGGGAAGAAGGGGAACUGCAAUUUCGAGUAACUAUAGAGGCUGAACUGUGGACAUUGUUGUCUUAAAAAUGGGGUCCAAUUCAUUGAAGGAUUAUUUGAAAAGGUAUGAAAGUAACACAGAAGUAGAGAAGAAGAAAAAGAAGAAGCAGAAGAAGAGAAGUCAACCACAAACCACUGGCUUAUUAGUCGUGGAUGAAGAUCCCAUGUGGCAGAAACCCGUUGAACUUGCAGAAGAAAACAAUGAUAACUCAUCUGACGAAGAGAAACCACUAGUUGAUGAAGACAUUGAUGUGAAGCGUAUGAAGAGGCUUGAGCAGCUGAGGGCCAGACGUCCAUAUAAUGCUAUAUCUGAAGAUGGAAGUGGUUGGGUUUCGCUUUCCUCUAAACCUGAAAAUUCACUUGACUCAAACAAUGACAUGUCUCCUCCCCGUAAAAGAAAAGGUGUUGAUUUAUCACCUGGUCAAUGGUCAAAACGCAAUGACACCCCAUCACCUGAUUAUAGGACUUCUAGUUUGCAAGACAUCUCUCCCCCUCGACGAGGUCAUGAUUCUCCCCCUCAAGAUGCUUUGCAUGGAUCUGUGGCAUCGGACCUUUCGCCUCCGAGGAAAAUUCUGAAGAAUGCUGCAAGAACUAGUCUGCCUGAUAUUUCUCGUGGACGUUCAACUGAAGAUUUCUCUCCACCUCGACGAGGCCAUCGUGGUUUUGAGAGUUAUGAUUUGCAAGAUAUCUCUCCACCUAGACGAAGUCGUCAUGAUUCUCCCUCUCAAGAUGUUUUGCGUGGAUCUGUGGCACUCGACCUUUCACCUCCAAGGAAAAUCAAGAAGAAUGUUGCAAGACCUGGUUUUUCUGAUUCUCAGCGCCAUUCACCUCAAGAUCUAUCUCCUCCUCGACGCAGUCGUCAUGAUUCUCCUUCUCAAGAUGCUUUACAUGGAUCUGAAGUGUCAGACCUUUCACCCCCAAGGAAAAUUCAGAAGAAUGUUGGAAGACAGGGUUCAUCUAGUAUUUCAGUUAAAGUUGGUUCACAUCCAUCUUUGGAUCUUGAACUAGCUCCACCAAGGAGAAAUACUCAGGAAUCAUCAAAUCCAGCUAGUAAAACAGGUCUAAUUUCUGGUAAGGAUAUCAGUGACGAGAUCGAGAAAAAGAAGAGGGAUGAUAUGUUGAGAUUUAACCAGAUGGACCCUUCCAUAAGUGGACGGGGUGCUGAACCUGUAUAUCGUGAUAAAAUAAGAGGAGUACGCAUUUCAAAGGAGGAAUACUUAAAAUCAAAACAGAAAGUAGAAGAAAAACCCAAGGAGAUAGAAAUAGAAUGGGGCAAAGGCUUAGCUCAAAAGCGUGAAGCUGAGGCUAGGCUGAAGGAACUAGAACUUGAAAAGGAGAAGCCUUUUGCACGGACCAGAGAUGAUCCUGAACUAGACAAAAUGUUUAAGGAGAGAUUAAGGUGGGGUGAUCCCAUGGCACAUCUAGUAAAGAAAAAAUAUCCAGAGCCUGUUCUUCCAAACUUGGGGGAGAAUGAGAAGAUGAAAGAAUUAGGCUUUGUAGUCCCACAGGAUAUUCCAAAUCACAGCUGGUUAAAAAGAGGUUUAGACGCCGCACCAAAUCGGUAUGGAAUAAGACCCGGACGACAUUGGGAUGGUGUUGAUCGCAGUAAUGGGUUCGAGAAGGAUAUGUUUAAGAGAACAAAUGAGAGACAAGCUAGAGAUAGAGAAGCUUAUCUUUGGUCCGUCUCUGAUAUGUGAAAAGUGGCAGUACAAUUACACAAGAGUAUUAAGGAAUGUGAUGCUGACAUGUCCAUAGGAAAAUUAUUGAAAAGAUGUAUCUGUCUUAGAAAAUCUCCAUUUGGUUUGAUCAGCAUUGUGAUAUUUUCGAGUUUUUGAGAGGUUAUCACAUUGUUGUUCCAUGUAAUUUAGAUCAUUUUUCACUACUGUAGUUUGAAGAUGACUGUCUUUCUCGAGUUUCUUUCGAACUUUCGGGGAUCAGUGUUGUUAAUUAAAACUAAAAUUGAUUUUUAUGAUAAUCCAAAUUUGAGUCUAA